AUGGCGAUGGGCAGGGACGUGUCGUGUACAAACGCUUUGGUGCCGGGCUCUGUGACGUCAGCGGACGCGACUUCCGCGGCUCUGCAACGCGCCCGCUCUGAGAAAGCCUACCGACGCACGCUGAGUCACGCGAAGCCGCCGUAUUCCUACAUCUCGCUGAUUACGAUGGCGAUACAGAGCUCGUCGAGCAACAUGGUGACACUGAGCGAGAUCUACCAGUUCAUCAUGGACCUGUUCCCGUACUACCGACAGAACCAACAACGGUGGCAGAACUCCAUCCGCCACUCCCUGAGCUUCAACGAUUGUUUCUUGAAAGUGCCUCGCACGCCGGACAAGCCCGGGAAAGGCUCGUUCUGGACGCUGCACCCGGACUCGGGCAACAUGUUCGAAAACGGCUGCUUCCUCAGACGGCAAAAGCGGUUCAAGUGCGAGAAAAAGGAGGCGCACCGACAGGCGACCAAGACCACGCCUGGUCACCCGGGCUCCAACGGCGACCACGUCGGCUCCGGCAAGCCUGAAAAGUCCUCCAAGUCGUCCAAAUCCAACUCCGGCACGGCGCACAGCGGCGCCGGAUCCGGCAGCUCGGUCAGCGAUCAGGGGCACUUAUCCAGCUCCGGCACCGCCACUUCCGGUUCGUCAGAUAACGGCGUCACGAACCUCAUGGAUGGACCCGUGACGAAGAUCGAGUCCGACACGCCGACAGGCUUGGCCUGCCCCCCGCCGUCCAUGUCUUCAGCGCACCACGGCUUCAACCCCGCCUCCACCCCGGUGAGCACGGAUCUCCCGCUGCACUACUCCACGUCCGCCUCGCACUACAGCGCCGCCGGGCUCAUGUCCCACCCCGCGUCUCACCACCUCCUCAAGUCAGAAUACAAGGAUUACAAAGACUACAAGGACUACAAAACGGACUUCUCCAUCACCAGCCUGAUCUCCCCGGAGGGCAAAGGCGACCUCAAGCCGUACGAAAUGGCGCAGUACACGCCCUACGGCUUCGCCUCGUCAGCAAUCGCCGCCUCGUCCGCCGGGGACCCGUCUGGUUACUACCAGGCCUCCAUGUACGGCAGCGUGCACCCGUGA